AUGCUUCCAAAAAAUCCGAGGAGUCAUAAUGAAGAAUAUAACGCAAUCGAAGAGAAUUUGAGCAGAGUUGUAGUGAAUCGGAGCUAUUCUACCGAUUGCUUAGCGCACAUCAUUACGGAGAGACCGCUGAUCGUGUUUAUGUUGAUCCUGAUACCGAUCUCCAUAUUUUUGAUAACCCUUUUUGUUGGUUCAAUUUCCGUCGACUACACGGUCGAAGAAUUUCAGCUUCGUCCAGACAUCGAGGUGCGCGCGUCGGCAGAUAUAUAUGCGGAAACACUUGACUCACAUGUUUCACGUUUAAGUGGGGCGUCUCAUUUGCAAAAUCUGAUUAACACCCAAAAUCCCCGUAGCAAAGUCCGUGGGACAUUGCGAAUGUUAUCGGUUCUAGACCUAUCAAGGCUACAGAACUUUUGCAAGGUAAAUAAGUUCUCCUGCGAUGAAAUGGAUAGCAUAUUGCACCCUUCUAAUUUGCAUUACAUCACAUCAUUGGAGCGAAAUAUCGCGGCGCUCGAAUCAUUCAGUGAGGUAUGCUUUACUAAUGCCUUGGAGUAUGGACAGGUUAAUGAUGACCUCCCAGACUGUGUCCCUCCUACCGGGCUUCUGCAGUACGUUUUACCACGGUGGAACGAAACCGAGGAAAAGUGGCACAUGGAUGGGCGUGGAAAUGAGAUGCAGGUCAACUAUUUGUCAAGAGUAUUUAUGAACCCAAAUUACGGGUUUUUUUUUGACGCUAAUUUUUCUACAUUACAUCAGAAAGUGCAUCAGGUGCGGACUGAGUUCACUUUAGCAUCGUCACCAAAUCAGACAUUACAAGAUUACAAGCAAAAAAUGAGGAAUUUCAUUCGUGAUGCGCUAUGGUAUGUUAAAAAGAAUGCAGACCAUCAGUUCAUAUGGACUUUGAUUGGCGGAGAUCUUGUGGAGUCCCUGAAGGCUGAAGCGCAAAUUUUUGGGGAAUACAUUCGACUUCUAUUUGUUUCAUUUUUUUGUAUACUGCUAUGUUGGUUAUACAGUGGGUCUAUAGUAAUUGGACUGUAUUCCAUUGUUCAGCUGGUCGUCACACAGGCUGCCGCCUGUGGAGUCUAUGUAAUCUUCUACGAUAAGUUGACAAUUGUAUCAUUUUCCGCAUUUGUGUGGGUGAUGACAUUUUGCUUGCAUGGAACUCUGGGCUUCUACGAUACUUUUGUGUAUAGCGGCGUUAUGCCAACUAAGAGUCAACGCAACGACCUGAGUCUCGAGCAACGCAUUGCCUUUACAAUGCGCCGGGUUACGGUAUCCGUAUGUGUGUCGAAUAUCAUUGCGAUUAUUCUGUUUUUAAUAAACUUCGAUUCGGUGUCGGACUCCCUGCGGCAUUUUAGUGUUUUUAUGACAAUUGUCCUCUUAUGGAAUAUGCACUUCAUCAUUUUUAUUACCCCAGCCUUUUUUACGUUGUAUCACUACUAUAUCUCGCACAGGGGUCAUGAUCUUCAGACACGUGUAAAUCUAUUGAACGAAAAGACGAAAUCAUGCAAGCGAAUAUUGUGUAUGUCAGGCUUACUUAAAGCUAUACAACCUAAGAGGAUGAUCAAACGAACCACUAGCAAUCCAAAUAAGAAUUGGUUUCCUAUUGGUACCAAAACUAGUAACAACAACAGAGAUAACCAUAACUACUAUGACCACUUAUGCUUCCAUGCCAAGAGCAAGAAGCCAUGGCCAACUUUUCUCGACAAAAUGAGAGCUAUUAAAGAAGAUUUGUAUGGAAUGUUUUACAUGGUGUAUUCUAAAGUGUGUCGGACUAUAAUGAGAAGGAAACAAGAAGUUCCAAACAAAAUAGUCCCUGAGAACAUGUUCCCAAUAGAUGACUUUGCUUCUAUAGAACGGAACGUGGACUCUCAAGUGGGGACGAAAUCUCAAUACUAUAACCGGCGGAUGUUGUUGGAUGCGGAUGUUGUGCACGUGCCGUGUGAGUUUACAGAGCGUUCAAAGAAGUGCUGGAGGGGCAUAUCCACCGUAAUGACACAACACGAAACUGUGGAGGAGCCCUGUGUUCCACCGCUUCCGAAGUGUGGCCACUAUACGUCGUCUGAUGUGCGUGCAUCUAUGCGGUCUUGGGGUGCUGUUGGCGAAGCCUUAGGUCUGGAAACUCACGUACUGAGUAAAGUAAACGAUUUGCUGCCGAUGGUGGCGCGGUCUGUGGUGCGUGCACAAGAUACACGGUACAUUAUUCUCAAUUCAGGAGGAGUUGACAGCAACGACAUGAAGGGGGAAUCCCUAGAAGAAUAUGAUUCCACAGAAUAUAUGAACCGGAUGCACUUGUUUACACGAUGGUUUUGUUCGUUGAUAAAGUGCUGUGGCAAGUCCAACAAAAAUCACCAGAAUACUGAAAAUUCACAGAAAAUGCCAUUAAAGGGUCGAAGACGCUGGCAAAUAGACACCAAUAUGAGAUACCAGCGACCUUUCACAUUUUCUGAGCACUUUAUCAUUAGGAUUUAUGUGCCUUUUUUGCACAAUAUUCGUUGGUUCAUGUUAGUGGUGUUUUUAUUUCUAUUCGUAGCGGCGAUUGUAUUUGGAUUGCACAUUGACGUCGCUGGGUUACCUACAACGCUUGUAAACGAUCCCAAGGGCCCCCUUCUAACAUUCGCGAAGCAGGAUGACACAUUUGGUCACCGUGGAAAGUGCACGUUCUGUGGGCCCUACUACUUGUCAACAGACAUUUACCGCACCGCGAACAAGACAGAUAUUGAUCUAUGCAAGACCAAAUACAAAGAGCCCCAAAUGAACGUAUACGUGGAUGGGUGCGACGUGUGUGGUGGGGACGAUGAGUGUAUUGACUGCGCAAACAUACCCCGUGGCCCACAUGUGCUUCAGUGUGGCGGGUGCGAGUUGCCCACUGAAUCCUCAUGCACUCCCAGUAAGGCCCAGAGCGGCCCCUAUUGCGAAUGGCGAUGGAAUAAAAAAAACUUCUUCGGCUAUAACUGUAGCGUGGAAUGUAAUUCAACAACAUGCGGUCCGAACGGGGUAUGCGACGUGUACACAGGAGUUUGUGUAUGUAAGGAAGGUUUCGCGGGUUCCAAGUGCGACGAAUGCGCUGGAUGGCUAUUACACAUCAAGUCAAACCCCCUUUGUACUUUGGAAUGUGACGCUAAAAAGGAUUCAAAGGCAUGCGCAUGCAACUUGAAGACAGGUAAGUGCACAGGAUGUCCUAAAGGGUAUCGCGGGUAUGGGUGCAAUUAUUCGAAGCAUGAUUGCGGCCUGCGUAGAGUCUACGAUCCAGUUAAAGAUACGUGUGAGUGUGGGGCAAACUGGAUCGGCCCUACGUGCAACGUUUCGGAACAGUGUAAUAUGCGUGGGGCGUGGGUAGACAUGAUGGAGUCUCCAACAAUGAGAUCGAUGUGCAUAUGUGUAGGGCAUUGGCGUGGUUCGAACUGCCAACUAUGCGACUGCUUGAACGGUGGAAUGUGUGAUUCAGAAACAGGUAAGUGUAUCUGUGUGGGCGCUUUUGUCGGUGAGCGGUGCCAGACGUGUAGCGCCGAUUGCACAAGACAUGGGAAGUGCCCUAUUGUGCCAAAUUCAGCUUUGAAUGUGCGUACUUUAAUAUACAAUAAAGGUAUCCAACGGAACAUGGAUAGUGAUUUACCUUUCAUCAAGGAUAUUCCUAAACUGGCUUCCUCAAAGACUUGUUCUCAAUACAUGACCCAAAGUAGUUGUAAUAUGCACCCGGAGUGUUGGUGGGUGUCGAACCUCUGCUUUAGCGCAUACUUCGAUCACGGCCCACCGAAUGCGUCGGAUUGUAUAUGUCUUAACUCGCUUUUUUGGUCUCUCAAUAAUUGUUCAACAUGCCUUGCUCCGCCUGGUGCGACGUGCGUGGGAAACGACAAGAUGAGGGGAUGUAAUGGGCAGCUAUACACGUUUCCGGCUCAUACGAUGAGCAUGGAUCAGUGUGGUGUUUGCGGUGGCGACGGCAAGUGCAGGGGGUGUGAUGGAAUCCCGAACAGCGGUACAGUUUAUGACAACUGUGGAGUGUGUGGAGGUAACAAUGAUUGCGAUACGGAGCAAGAUAUUCACCCCUUUUUUAUAAAUUAUUUAAUCGACUUUACAGGCGUGACCAACAUUGCCGAAUUGAAUAUGACCAAAUACAUACUACCUUUCUGUACUGCCGUUAGAGGGCAAUUUAUGCACACGAAGAUUGCUCCUUGCUUCAUGGAGGACUACUUGAGAAGUGUGGGUCAUAAAGAUACUGUAGAGUCUCUGGAAGACGUGUACAAUUAUGCUGUAAUCAAUGGCCGCAUGGCGGAAGUUAUCUUCAAAAUAGAUUCCAAUUUCAAGCCAAAAGCACUAACACACAUGAUUUACCGACUCUCUUUACUCUCUGUACGGACUGCUUACGCGAGCAAAGAAUCUAAUUCGUACGUUAACUUCGCCAAUCCCAAGAGCGUCUUCCACUUGUACAAUGUUCUUCAGAAACAAGUAACGGAUGUUUUAAGACCCAUGCUAUCAGAGGUUAAUACUAGCGUUCUGUUAACCUCAUUGCCCUUUCAGUCUGCAUUUUUUUUUGUGUAUUCGACACGUGGUCUUUGGGUAACGGUGACCAUAGGUGUGAUUGUGUGUUUUCUAGCAUUUCUGAUUCUUUCAGUGAGCUUGACAAUAGCACUAGGUGGGGCGAUGACUGUGACGAUGGUUGGGUUUGGGACAUUGGUGAUGUGUAAUUUAUUCAAUUGGAAACUGGACACCGUGCUGCAGAUGUGCCUAUCGAGUACAAUUCCAAUAAGCAUGGAAUAUGUCGUCCACAUCACAGGCGAGUAUACGGACUACUUGCAGUUAUCUACCUCAAACCUCUUUGCACUCGAAGUAUCGCGGCGGACCGCUCUAACGGCCUCCCUCCUCCAAUCGUUUCCAUCUUUUUUCACAAGUCUGCUCGCCGUGUUGGGUACAUCGCUUAUAUUCUCUACCUCAUCUCUGAUUCCUUCGAGGCGUUCAGGGCAAGUAUGUGCGGCAAUGCACAUAGUGCUGAUUAUUGCAGUGACGCUAUUUUCCGGUGCGCUUCUAGCAGUGGGACCGAAGAAGUCGUUCAAACACUGGACGGUGUUGGUUGCGCUGGCGUUCCCUAUUUUUCCACUUUGUAUUGGUGUCGUAGUUUUAUGCUAUAACCAUAAAUCACAUUUCUGA